AUGACUCGCGAUGUCGCCGGGCCUACCGUACCAGGCACUGUCCACUUGGUCGAUCUGGAUGGAACGAUGCAAACACAGCACGCCCGAGGUGGGCAAAGAGACAUUGUACUUGUUCCGACUCCCUCGCAAGACCCUGACGACCCACUGAACUGGUCGCCCGGAAGGAAGAUACUAUCCAUGACUUGUAUGGGCGUCUACACAUUGAUGGUUGGAAUCGCGAGUGCAGCUAUAUACUCGAUCUUGGAACCAAUCGCCGAGGAGACCAGCCUGACUCUGGGAGACUUGAAUAGCGGUACUGGUUAUAUGUUCCUGUUCUUCGGAUGGGGUUGUCUCUUCUGGCAGCCAAUCGCAUUGCAGUACGGCAAGCGGCCAGUCUACCUCUUCAGUAUCCUUGCAACCAUGGGGAUCCAGCUCUGGGCACCGUACACCAAGAGCAAUGGUCAAUGGAUUGCCAACAAAAUCUUGCAAGGUUUCUUUGGAGCGCCAAUUGAGAGUCUUUGCGAGAUCAGCGUCACCGAUGUCUGGUUCCAGCAUGAACGUGGAAAGUACUUGGGUCUGUACGCACUGCUGCUCGCUGGGUCCAACUUUCUCGCUCCGGUGCUUGCUGGGUUCAUCGCAGACGGCCAAGGCUGGAGAUGGGUUCUGUAUUGGUGUGCUAUCUUCUGUGGGAUUGGAUUCGUCUUUCUUUUCUUCUUUAUGGAAGAAACGAACUUCUCUAGACGUUCCAUCACUGGUGUAACUCCUAAUAUCGAUACCCAGCCUGAGCAAACAGCCUCGACAUCCAAGGCGGACGAGAAAGUUGUACGCCCAGACGAUCUUGAUGUUGCAUCAGAAGAUGGCUCACCUACCGGCUCAUUCAAACCAAAGACAUAUCUCGACAAGGUCAAGUUGUGGCAGAAGUCUGAUCUACGAAAGGAUAACCAUAUUCGUGGCAUGACAGUCAGGCCGCUCAUCUUCCUGACCUUUCCCGUCAUAUUUUAUGCUGGCUUCUCCUACGGUAGCAAUUUGAUCUGGUUCAAUGUACUCAACGGGACUGCUUCAUCAAUUCUUGGCAAUGCUCCUUACAACUUUUCAGCCAGUAUGGUCGGCCUUUCAUACAUCUCACCUCUUAUUGGCGUGGCUAUCGGUUCGUUCUACACCGGAGUCAUUGGCGACAAGAUUGUUCUUGCAUUGGCCCGUAGAAACGGUGGUGUAUCGGAGAGUGAGCAUCGACUUUGGCUAUUUCUUCCAUCACUGCUAUUGAUCCCCGGUGGGUUGAUCUUGUGGGGUGUUGGCGCGGCACAGCACGUAAUGUGGUUCGGUUGCGUCUUUGCGAUGGGUGUGAUUGCCUUGACCAAUACCAUUGGUAUCCAAUUGAGCAUCUCGUAUGCUGUCGACUCCUACAAGGAUCUUGGGGGUGAGGCAAUCGUUACUGUCAUCUUAGUGCGCAACACGAUGAGUUUCGCCAUCGGUUAUGGUAUCACACCCUGGAUCGAUGGCAUGGGUCUGCAGAAUGCAUUCAUCGUUGCUGCGUUCGCAGGCCUUGCUCAAUGUCUGACCUUCUUUGUGAUGGUCAAGUGGGGCAAGCAGCUCAGGAAGAAGAGUGCCGGUAAGUACGCGAAGUAUGUUCAAAAGAUGGCGGAAAGCGGUCUUGUGCACUGA